CGGUGUCCGAGCCCUUUGCGCCGACAGGGGCAGGAGAAAGCGAUGCCACUCGCGGGCCCCCGGCCACGCCAUCCCCUCUGGAAGCAACUAUGACUCUGCCGGGCCGCGUCUCCUGCUCUAUGCUCAACUGCUUUGGUGAGGAAGGCCCUCCCAGUCUGGAGUACAUCCAGGCCAAGGACUUGUUUCCCCACAAAGAACUGAUUAAAGAAGAAGAAUCUUUACAGGUUCCAUUCACGGUGCUCCAGGGAGAGGGUGUGGAAUACCUGGGCCAUGCGAGCGACGCCAUCAUUGCUAUCUCCAACUACCGGCUCCAUAUAAAGUUUAAGGACUCUGUAAUCAACGUGCCUUUGAGGAUGAUGGAAAGCGUGGAGAGUCGGGACAUGUUCCAGCUGCACAUCGUAUGCAAGGAUUCCAAAGUAGUCAGGUGCCAUUUCUCUACUUUCAAGCAAUGCCAGGAGUGGCUGAAGCGGCUGAGCCGAGCCAUCGCUCGCCCUACCAAGCUGGAAGACCUAUUUGCGUUCGCUUAUCACGCCUGGUGCUUGGGGGUUUGCGCCGACGAGGAGGACCAACAUGCUCACCUCUGCCGCCCGGGAGACCACGUGAAAUACCGGUUUGAGAUGGAGCUGGCCCGGAUGGGCUUUGACUUGCAGAACGUUUGGAGGGUUUCUGACAUCAACAACAACUACAAGUUAUGCACCAGCUAUCCGCAGAAGCUGCUCGUUCCCGUCUGGAUCACUGAUAAGGAGCUGGAGAAUGUGGCUUCCUUUCGGUCUUGGAAGAGGAUUCCAGUGGUUGUGUACAGACACUUGCGCAACGGGGCGGUGAUUGCACGCUGCAGCCAGCCCGAAAUAAGCUGGUGGGGCUGGCGCAAUGCGGACGACGAGUACCUGGUGACCUCCAUUGCCAAAGCCUGUGCCUUGAACCCUGGACAGAGGGUGGCUGGGGGGACUCCGCAUUCUGGGCUCAGCGAUGGGAACGAAGCUUGCGAUGCAGGGUUUGAUUCAUCACUGACGGCGGGCUCAAGCGUGGAGAGUUCAGCGGCUCCGCAAAAACUCUUGAUCUUGGAUGCCCGGUCUUAUACAGCGGCGGUUGCCAACAGAGCCAAGGGAGGAGGCUGCGAGUGUGAAGAGUAUUACCCAAACUGCGAGGUGGUGUUCAUGGGUAUGGCCAACAUCCACUCCAUCCGAAACAGCUUCCAGUACUUGCGGGCAGUUUGCAGUCAGAUGCCGGAUCCCAGCAACUGGCUGUCGGCUCUCGAGAGCACCAAGUGGCUGCAGCACCUCUCCGUCAUGCUGAAGGCAGCCGUGUUGGUCUCCAACGCCGUCGACCGGGAAGGGCGCCCUGUGCUGGUCCACUGCUCAGAUGGCUGGGACAGAACUCCCCAGAUUGUGGCCCUGUCAAAGAUUCUCCUGGACCCUUACUACAGGACGAUGGAGGGUUUCCAGGUGUUGGUCGAAUCCGAUUGGCUGGAUUUUGGCCACAAGUUCGGGGAUCGCUGCGGCCAUCAAGAGAAGGCGGAAGAUCAAAACGAGCAGUGCCCCGUGUUUCUGCAGUGGUUGGAUUCCGUGCACCAACUGCUCAAGCAAUUCCCCUGCCUUUUUGAAUUCAACGAAGCUUUCUUGGUGAAAUUGGUGCAACAUACGUACUCCUGCCUUUACGGGACCUUCCUUGGAAACAGCCCCUGCGAGCGAGAGAUGCACAACAUUGCCAAGCGCACCUGCUCUGUGUGGUCCCUUCUGAGAGCCGGCAACAAGAAUUUCCACAAUCUGCUCUACAUUCCUGGAAGCGAGCAGGUGCUGCAUCCAGUGUGCCAUGUGCGUGCGCUGCACCUCUGGACAGCAGUGUAUCUCCCAGCAUCAUCUCCGUGUCCUCUCGGGGAAGAGGGCAUGGAUCUUUACUUGCCUUCUGGAUCCCAAUGCCAGGAAUUUAGCAGCAGAUCUCUUGACAGGUUACCAAAGACAAGAUCCAUGGAUGACCUGCUCUCAGCCUGCGAUCCUGGCAGCCUGCUGACCCGCACGUCAAGCGACCCAAAUCUUAACAACCACUGUCAAGAUGUCAGGGUCAGCUUGGAGCCCAGACAUCCUAACACCGAGGAGGCAGCGGCAGGCGACAAGACCGCGGGAGAGGAGCCAUCUCGGGUGCCUGAGCAGCAGGAACUCCAUCCUCCGCCAGCUGUUGGGAGUUGCAGCUCUGGCAGUGACAGAAUUGAUCAGCCGCUCGCGCUGCAGGAAAACGGGGAGGCACAGAAAUUAAAUAGCAUCUCUCCAGAGGUAGUAACAGUAAACAAAGCAAGUCCAGCGGCGGCGGAAGGCCUCUGCCCAACACAAAGUGCUUUGGGGCGAAAAAAACCUUUGGGGGAUUUGGUCAGAACAGAGGAGCGGUUGGAACAGUCUCCAUGCAGCAAUGUGAAAGGCGUUUGGGACUUGGUUGAACCUUCCGUCCAGCCUUCAGCGUGUCCUCCCGUUUGGAGCCCUCCAGUCCCUAGCAUCCCGAAACAGGAUGCUCUGGGGUGCCAAAACGAGGAGGAUGGCAAGAGCAGCUGUUUCAGGCACGGGGAAGAAGGCAGCCAGGUGGGGAAAGCUCCUCCGGAGUGGUGGCGGAAAGGAAUUUCACAGAGCCAGACCAGUGAAUUCUCUCUUCUAGGAGCCAACUGGGACAGUUUUCAGGGGAUGGGGGCUUCGCUUCCUGGGGGUGAUGCGGGUCCUCGGCGGCUGUUCUCCUACGGCUGCUGUAACAAGAGGCUGAGUGGCAGGCCCUUCUGGACGUCGGGCUUGUGCCUCAGUGGCCAGUGGCCUCUGAAAGAAGGCGCAAAGCCCCCGGCUUGCUCGGGCCAUUCGGGCGCGCACUGCACAGGCCUGGCUGCAAAAUCCGGCAGGCUGUGGCUCCCCUGCCACCUGAAGCAGGCCCUCGGCACCAAGCUCGUGCCUCCGAGCAGCCCUUCCCCAGUGCCUCCUCUCUACCUGGACGACGACGGGCUCCCCUUCCCCACGGACGUGAUCCAGCACCGGCUACGGCAGAUCGAAGCCACCUACAAGCAGGAAGUCGAGCAACUGCGCAGGCAGGUGCGAGAGCUGCAGCUCAGAUUGGACAUCCGCCAUUGCUACCCACCUCCAGCCGAACCACAGAUGGACUAUGAAGAUGACUUCACCUGUCUCAAGGAAUCUGAUGGCAGUGAAAAUGAGGAUUUCUACUCUGACCACAGUGAAGACUGCCUGUCGGAAGCAAGCUGGGAGCCUGUUGAUAAAAGGGAAACGGAGGUCACACGCUGGGUUCCAGACCACAUGGCCUCACACUGCUUUAACUGUGAUUGUGAGUUCUGGCUGGCCAAGCGCAGGCAUCACUGCAGGAACUGCGGGAACGUGUUCUGUGCUGGCUGCUGCCACCUGAAGCUGCCCAUUCCCGACCAGCAGCUCUAUGAUCCAGUCCUUGUCUGCAACUCCUGUUACGAUCACAUCCAGGUGUCCCGUGCCAGGGAGCUGAUGAGCCAGCAUCUGAAGAAGCCCAUUGCCACAGCUUCGAGCUGAAUGCCGGAAGAGGGAGCCCGUCCGAGCCUGGCCUUUUCAACUUGCAGACUGGAAGGAGAGGGCCGCCUCUGCUGCUGCUGAGGAGGUCGGUAACGCAGCGCUUGACCACCAAGCCUUGUAUGCACUGUUGGUGAUUUUUUUCCCCACUUGGUGCCCCAUGUAUUGGAGAUGAGGAAAUUGGAUUAAAGAGU